UACAAAGGUUUGCGUUAAUAUCAUAUCUGAUACGCCAAUUUUUAAUAAUUUUUAGCCAAGGUAAUACGGAAUUCAGACUUUAUAUCACUUCAAUAUCAGCGCUUCGCGUUGUUAAGAUGGCUGACUUAAAAUGACUUUCGGCGUAAGCCCCCUUUUCCCGACAAUCAUUGUUUGGUAUUCUGUUGUGCAGAAGGUCCCGCUCUGGCCUAGUAACAAUUCCUUUGUUUUUUCACGUGUACAGUUUUUUUGUUAUCAAGGAGCUAUUAAGGCAACAAUUGUUUUGUUUUGAAAAUGUUCUAAGCCGAAACGAUUAGUUUGAUGACCGAGUGAAUACUACCUGCCUGGUCAUCACACACGCCGCUCGAUGCUGCGAGACAAAUAAACAUGCAGGACGUGCAAUUGCAGCCUAUAUAGUCCUAGGAGUCGUUGCUUUAAAAUUGGAGGAAAAGUUGGGAUGUGACUUGAAUUUGCCUAUCCGUUCAGCGCCCUUGAUUAUUUACAAAUGGCCUCUGUUUCUGAAGAUGAAGAAAGCGGUGCUAGCUUUUGGAGCAUAGCAAAACGAGCCACGAAAAGGCCCUCGAAUAAACGAAGCAAAUCAACUUCGGAUGUCAGGAAAAGCCCUUCAACAAAAAAAACUCUGUCCGCAAAUGACUUGAAAGCAUCUGUUCUGUACCACAUAUUAGACCAAAGGCUUGCAUAUUUAUCAGGUGGCCUAGAUAAACAUGGACGAUGCAUUAUUACGAUUCUUGCAAGCAGAGAGCAAAGAAGUCCAGUAGAUGCAACCGGACCAAAAUACGAAGAGCUUUCAACCACUCUACAGUAUUUGAACAGAAUACCAAGCCAAGAUCACAAAGAAAAAGGCUUUACCGUUAUCCUUGACCUUCGAGGAAAUGCGUGGAAAGAAACAAAGAACCUUUUGAGACUUAUUUCUGAAUCAUUAACCCGUGUUAAACAGGUCCUUAUCAUAAAACCGGAUGACUUUUGGGAAAAAAGACGAUCCAGUUUCGGUUACAAAAUACAGCGAUCCGGUCUCGGAUUCGAUACGGUAUUGCUGUCAACAAUAGCAAAACUGUUCCAAUAUUGCGAGCAAACCGAGGUGACGGAGGAGCUUGGAGGGUUCUUACAUUACGAUCAUAAAACCUGGAUCCAACUGCGACUGAAUUUCGAGAAGUUUGUGGAAAAGCAUGCGGUGACAAUGCGUCAAUUGAAUGAAAUACAGUUCAUUCUGGAAGAGAAAAGCAUCCCUGAUGAUGCUGAGAUUUGCAGAGACUUAAUGGCCGAGCAUGACCUUCUUCAGAUGAAGAUCUUUGAGCUGAUUGAAAGUAUCAUCCCUCUAGGAGGGAGUGUUUUAGCGGAAUUGAAUCUUCCUGGUGAGCCCUUGCCAGGCGAUCCUGUAGCGGCUUACAGCAUGGACAGUGCAUUGAUCGACGUUGAGAUAGCAAUGGAUGGGCUGAGGGUUAAGGAGAAGGGCAUAAUGGAGGCCUGGCAAGAGAAGAAGCGAGUGCUGGCUCAAUGUUUGCAGUUUCAUAAAUAUGAAGAAGGAUACUAUAAGGUACUGGAUUGGGUGACAGGUCCAGGUUUUGAGCUUGUCAGUAGCAAUUGGGAAAUUGGGGAUUCAGUCACAACCGCAGAAGCUGCACGGAAGAGACACGAAGAGCUGGAGAAGGCAACCAAGCAAUACAUCGAUUUGUUUGGAGAGCUGAGAGAAGAGUGCCGUUCUUUAUUGCACGAGGACCACUAUGCUUCAAAGGAAUUAAAACAUCGUAGAAAAUACUUAGAUAUGAUUUGCAAAAGUUUUGCAGAUUAUAUGGAGAGAAAAAGAUCUAUUAUUUUGACUUCUGUCAAAUUCCAUAAGUAUGCAGUAGAGUUUGCUAGCCGACAAGAUGAUUUGCUGGAUUUUCUUUGUACAAGAUCCGAUGUCAUGGCGGACGAUUUCUCUAAAGCUGAAGAUGUCAUGGUCGAACUAAGAGAAGAAAUUGCAGGGGUGAAUGACGUCACUGACCGUACACUAAAAGAGGGUAAAAAGAUCAUAGCAUUGGCAAGCGAAAAGCUGUUUAGUGCUACAGGUGCAGAUAUCACUCCUGACUUUGCAAAUGUUAUUGAGCAUUGCCAGACUGUGCUUGCAGAGCUUAAAGACCGGAAGCAACGAUCUGAUGAGUUGGCAGAAGUGAAGAAGCUGAAACUGCAACAGUGCUUACAGUUGAAGACGUGCGAAAGAGAUGCUGAACAGGCCGUGAUAUGGAUGAAAGAAUUGUGUGACGUCAUGAUCAACACCCAAACAGAUUUAGGAAGAAAUGAAUUCGAAACGCAGUAUUUGCUGGGAGAACAUGAAAGAUUUGAAAAAACAGCAAGGGGGACACUUGACUAUGGGAAACAGUUGCUCUCAGCUGCUUUGGUUUUGAGAAGGUCUUCUCGGUUUGACACUGAAGCAAACGAAGAAAUGAUGACAGAACUAGAUAGAAUUUGGGAAAAAUUCGAAGUUGGUUUGGAAGAAAGAAGAGGGCGAUUAGAAUUGGCCGAAAAAUUUCACAGGGCUGUCGCAAAGGCCAUGCACUGUUUUGAAGAAGUUGCUAAUGGAGGCUGUCAGUCGAACGAGGGGACGCUGGGGGAGCUGGAAGAUUUAGCAAAUGAUAUCCGGGAAUCUUUAUACGAGAUCUGCGAACAGGCGUUAUCAAUUGGCAAGGUCCUCCUCGGCCGGCUUUCCUACCCACUGACGGGGUUUGUGGAAUCUGUAGAUGCAAGGGGUACUAUUUCUGAUUUGGAGGAGAUUCUGAAUGUAAUAAGGAUCAAGCAGCAAGGAAUAGAAGGGCUUGUACAGAUGUUCAUCCGCAAGGAAGACCCCUGCGCAUAUACGCCUCUUUACCAAGCUUCCGGGGAGGACAAAGGCGUUAUCGAAAAACAAAUGGUUUCUGAAAGUACAGCAGUUGUUGAAGUAGAGGUUUUCGAAGAAGAAAUGCCAGUUGAGUUUGCAAAUGAGCGAUUGGAGACGACAGUGGACAAGGAAGACAAAUUUAUAAAACAGGCUUUGCUUAGCAUUGACAAAACUGUUCGAAAAUCUCUAAACCUGGAUGUCUCCUUUGGGGAAGAUCUCGACACAGCGUCCAUUUUGAGUGAAAAACACAGAGAGGCAGAGAGACAGCUGCAGGAAACUGAGGGCUUAGUCGAAGAACUGCGCUGCAAUCGUAAACUAUCUGGCGAAGACGAAGGCACUAGAAAUGACAUCAAAAAAGCACUGGAUGAGAAGCUAGGAGAAGCGGGAAAAAGAAUCAGGAGAAGGAGAGAGUUACUUGACUCGUCAAUACAAUUUCACGAAAAAGCAAAGCAAUUUGAGGUUCUGAUUGAUUCUGCUAUGGAUAGUCUUGGAUCGGAUAAAGAGCUUCCAAACGAAUUUGCCAGUGCAAAGGAUGAACUGGGUCAACAUCAGGAUCUCAGGAAAAACAUUUUGGAGUUAUCAAUGGAAACACUAAGCAAGGGUCAGUUGUUGCUUGAAAAACUCCGUGAAGCAACGAAGAGAGCCGAUCUUAAUAGCAGGCAUGCCGCAAAGUCUGCGUGUUAUGGUAUCGAGAGAACGUUGGAAGCUUUACAGGGGAGAAGAAGGAAGCUUGAAGAAGUCUGGAAACAUCGGAAAAAGUUGCUAGAGCAGUGCGUUAGAUCCUGUAAGCUUGACGAAGAGAUUAAAAAGGUAACCGAAUGGCUUCGGACUGAAGGAGAACGCUAUCUUGAAACCCACGUUAGCUAUGGGGAGAAUUUCAACCAAACUGAAGUGUUGAUCGAGGAUCAUAACAAAUUCGAAAGAAACUUCAAGGAAAAAUGUGAUAUCGUGCAAAAACUGCAGCGGGAUGGGCAGAAGCUGGUUAAUGCCGGGCAUUUUGCUGCAGCGACUAUCAAAUACAAAGUCAACAAGCUCGAUGAAAUGUUCAAAGGAUUCUCAUUUCAGCUCGAGCAGCGGAGAAGAGUUCUAAAUCAAACACAUGGGUUUUAUCGAAGCAGCCAGCCAGCCCUUGAUGUGUUAGAUCGACUGCUCGCCCGGCUGGAAGCUGCGAAGGACGACGGUGAACGUGUGAGAACGAGGUCGCAGGCAGCAGAAGCAGCACAACCAGAAAUCCGGGAAGGGAAAUUAUUGCUAUCUAGAGUGGAUAUGGCAGGAGUAAAAGCGGUGCUUAAAGAAAUAGAGCAGAAAUAUUUCAAGGUCAUGAAAAUGACUGAAGAUGUCAGCUCAGACGAUGAAGAGAUCGUGAACGUCAACAGAGAAGUUGAAAAGGUAUCAAGUUGGGUUACGAAUAUUGGCGAGGAGUUCUUGACGGUGCACACGAAUCUCGGUACGACGUCCACGGCGGCAAAAGAGUUCUGUGAAGACCAUGGCCAGCUCAUGGAAGAGUUAAAGAGCACAAUUGUAAAAGUCCACGACAUCAAGCAGUCUCUCUCGAGAAUGAGCGAUUCCAAACGAAGAACUGCCAAUAACCCUCGAACGAAACUCGAAAGGAUGGAAACAAGAUGUGUCAGUUUGCAGGAAAGGCUCGAAUAUCGACUGCAGCUUGUUCGAUCUUAUCUCAACUUUUUAGAGCACUCUUGCGAGCUAUUGAAAAAGUUGAGACAGCUUCAAGAAGAGCUAACAAGUGAUGAACCAUACGAGAACUCAGAAGCGAGGCCGGAAACGGUAAUGAGACAAAGACAAGAGCGGGAAAAUAUCAAGUCGAAAAUACGAGCAGUCGAGCGAGAAGGAACUUCGGUUUUAGAGGAGUUAAAAAGGUGUCCACAAGAAGAGAGCCUGGACCGAGAUCUCCCUGCGCAGCACGUGAUCAAUCACCUCAGCAACAUUGCGGAGCACGCAGUACACCUUGAUGAAUUGUGGGAACAAAGAGAAAUGAAGUUGAAAUCACACAAAAGAUUUAGCAGUCAGUUCUUUGAUUUUGAGAAAGAAAUCAGAAAGGUUAUAACUUGGAUUCAUGAGCAAGGCGAGAAGCUUUUCCCUAUUCGGGUCGAGUUUGAAGGUUUGAUUACUACCCAAAAAGCAUUGCAAAGCACUCUUGUUGAAUUUGAGGAAUCAGCUCAGCGAGCGAGCAAAGAAGUCGAAGACCACAUAACAGCAGCAGAGGGUCUCGCAUUGAUGAAUGUUGAUGACAAAGAGGCUGUACAGAUAGUCACAAAUGAGCUGCGAAUGGCACACGAAAGAUUUAAAAGCAAACUUACCAAGCACCAGGCUUUCUUAUCACAGUGCCUAACAUUCUACGCAAGUGCCGAGAAGCUUACUUCACAUAUAAACAAGACUCUGCGCGACUUCGCAAGUGAAAAUCUGCCUCACGAUUCAAUAUCAGCAAAGCAGAUGCUACAAGAACAUAUCUCCAGUUACAAGAUUGUGGAGGAGCUUUUCUCCCAAACAGCUGAUCACGGAAAGGAUGCAUUACAGGCCGCUGGAGAGGAGGACAGCUUUGGUUAUCAGAAAGAGGAAAUCGAAAAGUUGAUUGCAGUCUCGCAUGGAAAACGAGACGAAUGGGAAGGCCUUUGGGAGGCACAUCGAAGGAGAUUGCAAGAAAGUGUUGAUAUUUGUCAUUUUGAGCAAGAUAUAAACCAGGUAAAGAUGCUAAUGGAGGAGCAAACACGACAUUUGCUGGAAGUAAACAAAAGGUUUGGGAAUUCUUUGUUGUCAGCAGUGUCACUGUCGCAGCAAUCAGACACUUUCAUGGAAGAGUUCAGGUUGACAGAAAAGCGUGUUAAAGAUAUCCGAGAACAUGUCAAUCAUCUGACGAGCAGCCAUCACCCCGAAGGAGAGCGUUUGAACCGAGAGGUUACUGCGUUGGAACAGAGAUGGGCCAAAUUGCUGGAACUUCUGGCAGAGCAUCGACAACUGCUUGAAGUCGCUGUUGAUUUUUACCAGUUUUGUGAACAGGGUGAAACAUGGCUGAAAGACGCCGUCCAUUUCUUGAAACACACUAGACUCGAGGGGAAGAAAUGCCGAUCGAAAAAUGACGUCUUGCAGCUAGUUGAGAACCUGGAAACAUUUAGACGAAGUAAUGUACAGAUUCAGGAUGAGCGUCUAUCGAGCAUAAACUUACUAGCGUCGAAGCUACAAAAUUCGGAUGCAAAGAAUCGCGCUACAGAUCUUAUAAACAAGCAAGAUAAGAUUGUGAAAAGGAUUGUUAGUCUCGUUGAAAGUUUGCAGUCGAAAGCGGUGAAAAUGGACGAAUUGAAAUCAAACGGAUCCCAUAAUAUCGAAAGUGAGGGCGAAUCCUCAAAUUCUGACGAGGAGUUGAUUUUAGAAGACGGCCUACAACAGUUGGCAGUUGAUUCUUCGUCGAACCAGAUCAUUGCGACGAACGUUGACUUCCCAGUCGAAGGUGGUCAGGUUAUUUCGUGGGAUGACGAUCUAGAAUAUGGCUCGGUGAAGCGCCCAAGGCUGUCUGUCGCAGUCAAGAGUGGACUAGAAAUAUCACAAGAUGCCCAGGCUAGGAUCACCCCUGUUAUUCAGGAUGAAAUGGAAAAGUUCUUGCAAAGUGGUACAGCAACAUUUGUUACUCAAGGCCCGGAACCCGUUACGUUGAAAAUAAAUAACAUUGCAGGACAGACACUUGUCCCCCUGACUCUGCAACAGCAGGGAACUGCCAUUACAGAGCUGCGAUCGUCAAACCAGGGGGAUUUCUCAGUGCUAGGACCGUAUGUGAAAAGAGAGGUUACUGUUGAGACAGAUUACAAUGUGGAGGCUUCACAACCGGAGCCAUUGCCGAUAAAAGAUCCUGCGGCUGGAGGGUUUCUAGUGACAAAGAGGAAAACAUUGAAAACGACUACCAAGGAAGUUACGACAACUAUCAAGCAGGAGAUAAAAACUGAAAUGGAGUUCGUCCAUGUCGAAUCUGAGGAGGACUUGCCUCGAAGGCUUGGUUUGGUUGACCAGGACACAGAUAAAGUUGGCAUCUCAGUGUCAUCGAUGUACAGUAUCGAACAGAACAAGUAUCAGCAGAGUGAUGAUAAAAAAGCUUUGGUGUCGUGUCUCGAGCAAGACAUGAAGGAAACCAAUGAAAAGAUAUGCAGAAAUAUCGAGGAUGUUCUCUACGAAGACAGGAAGCUAGAUUACGACCUGAAAGACGUAAGGCACCCUCCUCUCCAAGCGAUACAGCCAUCUGGAGAUCAAGACAGUCGAAGAAAGUCGAACGAAAGCAGGAAGUUCCGUAUUAAUGCCAAAGACUCGAACAACAGGGAUUUGCUCACAAGACAGAUACCAAAAGCUGCAUCAAAGCCAGGAGUGAAUGCCCUGGUAGAGGUAUCAUUUCGGUUGGAAGAUUCGGAUGCUGUUAUGGUGUAUGCACAAGAUGAUGCAAUCGAUUCAAAGAUUGUUGCGAUUCUUGGAGAAUUGAAAUUGGAAGAAAAGCGAUAUGUUGAUGUUUUGGAUUGCAUAUCGAAGCAUUUCAUUGAACAAAUGGCAGCUGCACCAUUAAAACUACAAAAGCAAAGAGACGUCAUUUUUAGGAAUGUCAAGGAUCUCCUUCUCGUUCACAAAAACCAUAUUUUACCUGAGUUAGAGACGAUCAAAGAACCAGACGAAAUUGCUGACGUUUUUUUGAAAGCGGAACCAAAGUUGAAAAAAUAUACGAGUUAUAUUUUGAAAGGCAAAGACGCCGAAGAAGUGCUUCAGUCUGUCUUGUUUUUCAAGGAUUGCAGUAAACAUAAAUUGACAAUAAAUGACCACCUGACGAGCCCACAGAAGCAUCUUCUAUUCUACGCAGUUACACUUCAGGAUAUCAUAAAGUACAAAGAAGCAAAAGGAGAGAACACUGAACACUUGAAAGUCGCUGUGAACUUGAUUCGAGGCUUGAUGGGCAUUCCAAAAUUGGAACUGAAACAGCCUGAUGCCCAGCCGAUAGCAAAGGCUCCUUCGCAACAUACUGACGCAUAUAUUGUAAGCAAAAUGUACAGCCCUAAACGAAAGGAUGAAAUUAGCCUGGAAACAGGAAAUACUGUCAAAGUGAUUGACCAAAGGAACGGACGAUAUUUUGUGGAGACGUUAGACGGAAAUCAGCAUGGCUGGGUGCCCGAGUUUUGCCUGCAGAAACAGGCAAAAGGAAACUUAAACACAAGAAAUGACGGUAUUGCUCCACUAUUCACAAAACCUCUUGCAAAAACGAUUGCUGGUGAAGGCAAAACUUGCCAACUCUCCGUGCACGUCAAAGGGGCCCCGCAGCCUGAUCUUCAGUGGUUUCUUAACGGUAUCCCUGUUCGCAAAGACAGCAGGCAUAGUAUUGGCAAAGAUGGUUCACUCACGAUUCGUCGGUUAAAUGUGAAUGAUGAAGGAAUGUACUCAGUUACUGCUUCAAAUACACAUGGUUCUGCCUCAUGCAAAGCAGAGUUAUACGUCGAAACAGACUAUUCAUCGCUAAGUAGUGCAUAUGAGAACGGCUCAACAGAACAACUGAAUGGAAGGGUAAGGGAAAAAGUUAUAGAAGAAGUCUCGGCUACUAAUGUGGAGGCAAUGCAAGUGUAUUCGACUCCCCAAGAGGCUCCGGUUAUUACAAAGAGGCUUGAAGGAGCAGUUGUUCCGUUAGGUGCCACAGUUGAAUUCAACGUCGAAGUUCGUGGGGAUCCAGCCCCCGUUUUGGCUUGGUAUUUUAACGAAGAAAUGGUUGAAGAAAACGAACACUGUCAUAUAUACGUCAACGGAGGCUUACAUAAAUUGUCGUUUCAAAAUGUCUCUCAUAGAAAUACAGGCACGAUAAGGUGCAUUGCAAUUAAUGAGGUUGGAAGAGACCAGUGCGAGGCCACUCUAAGAAUUGACCAAUCGAGACCCAGUCAGAAGAAUACAAUACCGAAGUUCAUUUCACAGAUGAAAAGCCUUCAACUGAUAGAGGGCGGUGACGCCCACUUCGAAGUGUCGUUUGAAGGGAAUCCCCCUCCAGAAGUUAGCUGGUUCAAGGACUCGAUUUUCCUUACUGAUGAUUAUGGAGUUGAAAUUGUCACGCAGGAUGGAGAAAGUGAACUAUUUCUUCCAGACGUUGGAAAGGACGACUCCGGAAAAUAUUACUGCGUCCUUCAAAACAGGCUAGGGAAGACCCAGUGCUUCGGAGAGCUGUUCGUUUCAGAACAGCCCGCUAGCUCCGCGAAGGAACAGGUUGUCAGUGACAGGCCAGUUUUUAGUACCACUGGACCACCUUUGAUUGUUGAAAAACCAGGUGAUAUUCGUGUAUUUGAAGGGGAUUCCGUUUGCCUUGUUUUCAGGGCAAUAGGAGAUCCCCCAUUAUCGGGAAAAUUUUUAUGGGAUGGAAAGGAUUUGUCAGACGAUAUUCAUUUCUCGAUCGAGGAAAAGGACGAUAUAUGGAAACUGACUUUGAAGCAAGCAGAGCUGUAUCUUCAAGGAGUGAUUCUUUUUGUCGCAGAAAAUGAUAAAGGGAUCGCUCAAUGCUCGGUCAAAUUAAAAGUAGACGAGAGUAUUGUUGCGCCAAUGUUCACGAAAAUGGCGGAGAAUAUUUAUGUACGGGCUGGGGAUCGAUGCCAGUUCUCUGUCAAAGUCAAGGGAAAACCCCUUCCGCGCGUUGAGUGGUACAAAAAUGGCAGACUGCUUUCUGACAAAGAGGAGAUUCAUAUUUACAGAGACGGAGACAAGCAUUCACUUAUAAUCAGAAAAGCUAGCAGAGAAUGGGCGGGCAAGUUUAAAUGUGUCGCUGUGAAUAACGCCGGCGAAGCUUCUUGUUCAGCCAUGUUGAAUAUUGAUGGUGACGGAAAGGCACCCAGAUUCGUCAGUGCGUUGGAAGAACAGGAGUGCUACGAAGGAGAUGUGGUGAAAUUGAGUGUGAAGACUCAAGGCAAGCCAAACCCUGAGAUUAAAUGGUACAAAAAUAACAUAUUGCUCCGAAGUAGUAAAAGGCUGGUAAUGGAAUCAGAUGGAGAGAACCAUAGUUUGAUAAUAAAAAGAGUUGACGAUGAUGACUGCGGAAUGUUAAGUGCGCAGCGACGAAUAGUUAUGGGUCAGUUAUUAGCGAAGCAUUUUAAUGUUAUGGAGAAAUCAGCGCCACCUGUGCUAGCCAAGAAACUGCAGGACGUAACUGCUAGAGAAAAUGGGAAACUCGAACUAGAGGUUUGCUUGGAGGAGGGGUCGCAUCACAGUACACAGUGGUACAGAAAUGGGGAGGAGCUCAAGUCAACUUCUACUUGUAAAAUAUCUAAAUGGGCUGACAAAGAUCGUCUUGUUAUCGAAAAAGUUCUCAAAAAUGAUGAAGGAGAGUAUGUUUGCCUCAUACACAACGAUUCAGGCGACUGUUCAACAACUGCAAAAGUGACAGUGACAUCGCCGUCAGCGAAAGAGUUCGUAGAUGAUGACGUUGUCAUGACAGUUAACACAACCGAAACCAAUACAAUGCCAACGAUAGUUCUCGGAGACGGGACCAAUGACGCCCAAAAGCGACAAACGCUUUGUUUUUGCGCCAGGAAAGGCACUAAAUUGACAAUCAAAGAGACAGGUGAUGAUGGAAGCGGACAGUUUAGACUUGUAACUGCGGGGAGUUUAGAAGAUGCCCGGCCAGGGACAUCAGCUAGUGUGAGUGAGGAGGAGCAGGAUUUCCCUCCAGAAUUCAUUUCGGCACUCGAAGACAUCGAUUUAAUUAAAGGCAAAAGCGCUAAAUUCGAAGUAGGAAUAAUAGGUCAGCCAUUUCCAAAGGUCACGUGGCUUAAAGAUGGCGUGCAAUUGCGUGAAAGCUCAAAGGUAAAAUUUGGACUUCAGAACAGGGUUCACUCAGUUACAAUUGAGAGAUGCGAUGCUGGGGAUAUUGGUUGCUACGAAUGUGUUGCCAUCAAUUCCAAGGGGAGAAUAUCAUGCCAGGCAAUGCUAAGUGUAGACUCAGAUUUCGGCAGUGUCGAGAGGUAUGAACAUGCACAGAGGAGAAAAUCAGAGGAAGGCUUGUCACCAAAGUUUCACAAAACAAUUUCUGAUUUGCGCAUCAAAGAAGGUGAAGAAAUGCGCUUGCAAGCGAUCGUAGACGGAAUUCCAUUUCCAACUGUGGAAUGGUAUCGAGAAAACGUUCUUUUGAAAGACAACGAUCGAGUGAAGCUUGAAAUGGACCAAAAAUCUGGUGUCUGCUCUUUGACGAUAAACAAGGCUAAGAGAGAGGAUAUGGGAGAGUAUGAAUGCAUGGCGAAGAACAUAGCUGGGGAAGCAAGCACAUAUUGUGAGGUGAUUGUUGAUCAGUGUUCGGAUAGUGAUAGUAAAGGAAAACGGAUUGGCAGGAACAAGGAAGUGAAGAACACAGAGAGAACUGACCCGGCCAGGGGGAUGAGCACUGAUAUGAUGGAAAGCGACGACGACCCGCACUCAUUGAUCGAAAAGACAGAGGCUGGGAUUCCGCCGCCCAUUCUAGAGGUUGACGCCGCGCAGUCUUCUUCAUCUGAUUCGGAUAACGAAAAGUGUGCCAAAAAGAGGCCUCGAUCAGGUUCGUUUAAAAAGGAACAGGGCGCUGGAAGUCGACGAAAUAGCAAGCAAUCGAAAGAAAAUCAAAAGGCAUAUUCUACAACUUCUGGAGAUGACCCAGAUUUAGAAUCCGAUGCCAAAACACCAAAGAAGUUCGCGAAAAGUAAGAGCAAGCAUAAGGAUAGCGAUUUCUUUGCGUCGUCAGACUCUGACUCAAAAAUAAGCUCACAAGGCCCUGAUUUGAAGCCAGUAGUAGAGGAAAUUCAGGUUGUGGAGGCUGUUGAUGUAUCAGAAGAGCCACCAUUGAAUGAAGACGUGACAUUUCAGAAAGAGCCAGCAAUUGUGACUGGGCUGAAAGACGCUACAAUUGUCGAAGGAGAGCCAUUGCAACUUCGUAUUACUUUGAAUGGGAAGCCCGCUUCUGAUGUGAAAUGGUUUAGGGAUCAGAAGGAUAUUAUCGCGAGUGACCGAUGCAUUUUCAAGCAAGAUGGUAGCAGUCAUUUUUUGAUCAUAAACGAGGCUACUCUCACGGAUGAGGCUGUGUACGUUGUUGUGGCAGAAAAUCAGUUUGGCAAAGUGACCUCGUCAGCAAUGAUAACUGUACAACAAGCUGAGAAAAAACCCGUUUUUGAAAAGAAGCUCGAAGACGCUAAAACUGUAGCUGGUUUUGACUUGAUAUUGAAGGCAAAAUUUAAAGGAUUCCCUGAGCCAAAAGUCGAAUUUUACCAUAACAACAAGAUCUUGUACAAUAGUGAGAAGUAUUCUGUUUCAGUCGAUAAUUCAAGUGGGGAUUGUUCUUUGAAAAUUUGCAAAUGUGAAAUGAAAGAUCAUGGACAAUACAAAUGCACGAUUCGUAAUAAAAUUGGCCAGUCAACUUGCUUUGCAAAGGUCGUGAUUACAGAAUCAGUUCUGUCUCCACAGUUUUUGCUAGGUCUCAACGAUGUACAGUGUUCUGAAGGGAAGGAUGUCACCUUAAAAGUGGAAUUCUCUGGAAAGCCAAAGCCAGUUAUAACAUGGUAUAGGAAUGGAGAAGCCUUGAAACCAUUCGGACGAUUUCGGACAAAAACUGAUAAUAGCUUCUCGAGCUUGUCAUUAACCAGAGCUAAGAUGAAUGAGAGUUGUGUGAUCAAGUGCGUCGCCAGCAAUGAAGGCGGAGAAGUAGAGACUGUUUGUAAACUAGAUGUGUUGGAGGAAAUGAAGGAACCUCAAUUUAUCUACAGUCCAAAAAACCUCAAAGUUUACGAGAAAGGAACCGCAUCUAUUCGAGCAACGUUCAAUGGAAAGCCGACUCCAGAUGUAGAGUGGUAUAGAAACGAGGAACUUUUAAGCAAUUCUAAGAAUUUUGAAAUCAAGACUGAUGGCAUGAAAACGACAUUGAACAUAAAAAAUUGCAGGCAAGAGCAUGCUGGGAUAUAUAAAUGUGUUACGUCAAACAAAGCUGGUACUGCCUUUUGUACGGCAGUUUUAUCAGUAGAAGAGGCGUCUUCAAAGCCAGAAUUUGUUGCAGGCCUAAAGGAUACUCGCUUAAAGGAAGGUGAUAAUGUUGUGCUCCACGUUGAAACAAAGGGCAAUCCGAAGCCAACAGUUCAGUGGUUUAGGAAUGAAAAGCUUAUUCUAGCAAGUGACAAGUUUAAAUUUUCAAGUGACGAGAAUAAUCAUCGUUUAGAAAUUACAUCUUGCAAUGGAGCCCAAUGCGGAAGCUAUAAAAUCGUUGCAAGGAACAAAAUUGGCGAAUGUUCAUCGAGGGCAAAGGUCAUUAUCGAUGAAACUACUGAGAAACCAAUUUUCGUUGCUCAGUUGAAAGACAUCGACUUGUUUGACUCUGAGACUGCCAGGUUAGAAAUGGAAGUAAGAGGGGAACCGUGCCCAAAGGUUACGUGGUAUCAUGAUAGCAAUGCGGUUCAGUUUGGCAAGCGGUGCCUUGUAGAAAGAUCCGGAAAUAAACAUACGCUUGUCAUAAAAGACGUUUGUCCGAAUGAUCAAGGGACAUAUGAAUGUAUUGCCGAGAACGAAGCUGGACGUGCAUCUUCAAUGUCGUUCUUGAAGAUAAAAGAGCCACUGUUUGUGCCAGAAUUUGCUGUUCCACCGGAAAAUGCAACGGUGAAUGUCGGAGAAAAUGCUACAGUCCACUUCGUAGUUGUGGGGAAUCCACGUGCAGAGGUAAAUGUUAUGAAAGGAAGUGAAGAUGUUGAUGAAAAUGUUAAGCUGAUGAUGGAUGGUGUAACAGGAGAAGGCAGGGUUACUUUUAGCUCCUUUUCACGUGAAAACAGUGGCGUAUAUCGCAUUGUGACAGAAAACAGCGAAGGGCAAACCGAACAUGCGUUUACUGUCAAUUGUCCUUCAACCGAUAGCAAACCAAUGUUCUUGAAACCGUUAUCUGAUCUUCGUGUUCAGGCUGGCGAAAAUGCGACGUUAUCUGUUGAGUUUGCGGGGAGCGUUCUCGAUGUUGAUUGGUAUAGAGACGAUCAAUAUAUCGCAGAUUCAGAUAAAUACGAAAUAAUUGACGAAGAAUACCGUUGCUUACUCGCUGUGAAAAAUUGCAGUACCGCUGACGAAGGGAUUUAUCGAUGUGAGAUCGGAAACGACGAAAACCAUGCCUCGUCUGAAGCCAGGCUCACGGUUUCUAGCAUGAAAAGGAGGUUAAGCCAGGAUAGAUCAAACAUGGAGAGACGAUCUAGCAUCCAAAAAGCUGGUCCGGUUUCGCAACCGGUUCUAGAAUUCAAACCGGAAUUUAUUGAAGCACUGGAAGAUGUAAAGUGUUUCGAGGGUGAAAAUGUGACACUUCAGGUUACAGUAAAAGGCUCACCGUUGCCUGAGAUAACUUGGUUUAAUGGCCCGCAGCAGGUCCGAAAAUCUGCGCGUGUUUUGACCCGGAAAGAUUCGAACGAAGUAAGAAGCUUAGUGCUGAGGAAUGUGACAGCCAGCGACGCUGGGGAGUACAAAUGCGUUGCGACGAACUCUCUCGGAUCUGUUUUUAGCAAGGCGGUUCUGGACAUCUCAAAACCGGUCACAGCACCUAAGUUCGUUAAGAAGCCACCUAAAGAUUUGAAGCUAGUCGAGGGUGAAACUGCUAGUUUGGAGUUUUCUGCAAGUGGAAAUCCAUCACCGACAAUCAAAUGCCUUUUUGUAAACGAGAACAACAAUGCAAAGGAUGUUUCAGAUUUGGUUGCCCAAGGGUUUCCAUCGAAGUUUGUUUUAGCGGAUUGCCAAAUAGAAAAUGCUGGAAUUUACAAAUUUGUUGCAAGCAAUGAUGGCGGGGAAGCAUCUUGUGAAGUGAACAUCGAAGUGAAAAGUGAUGAAGUUAAGCCGAAAUUCACAAAGAGUUUGAGCGAUCUGAAAGCAGAGAUUGGGAAGGAUUUGAAAUUAACCGUAACUUGUCUCGGCAAACCAAAACAAAGUGUUACGUGGAGCAAAAAUGGCGAGGUCAUUAAAGCAGGGGGGCGAAUUGCCCAGAAUGUUGUCGAUGACGUCAUCACGAUGACAAUCUCAAAGUUUGAAGAAGGGGAUUCAGGUCUUUAUGCUUGCACUGUGAAGAACGCUUUAGGAAGCGACACGACAAAGGCGGAUAUCAAGAGCCAACAAUCAAAUGCCCGCCCAUCAUUCAAGCAGAGACUAAAAGAUGUGACUGUGGAGGAGACGUCAAAAUUUGUACUUACAGCUGAAAUAGAUGGUUAUCCUGAACCGACUGUUAAAUGGACAAGAGAUAGUUUGAACAUUAAGGAAGGCGGGCGAAUUUCAUAUGGAAAAACAGGUAAUAAAUAUACAUUGACAGUUGAGAAUGCCAAUAAGAAUGACAAAGGUAUGUAUUGCUGUUCUGCCAAGAAUAACAUCGCUGAAGUCAAGAGUAGCUGCAUUGUUAUUGUCUCAAAAAGUUUAAAAUCGAAAACCGGAUUUAUGAAUGCAAGAUCCGCGUUUGAAAAUAAACCAGAGGCUGAUUUGACAAAGGCAGUGGCGAAAUUGAAAUCACCACCCAUGUCUCCCCCUGCUGAAAGAAAUCAGAAAGUCGAGCUACAAAAGUCUCGUACAUCUGUGACGGGUGCCAACAAUGCCUUUGCACAACAGAAGGCCAAAUUUGAAUCGAAACCGAAAAGCGAGGAAGUCACAGAGCCGAAAUUGGCAGCAAAGGUCGAAGCCAAAGUAGAGCAAGAUAUUCAGUCGAAAUUUGAACCACGUGCAUUUGAACGCAGAGAUUCUAAACAAAGCGAGUAUUCCCAGACCUCUUCGCGGAGGUCAUCCACAUCAUCUAACACAUCAAGCAAAGCGAGCUCUGCCCCAGUGUUUAUGCAGACAUUCGAGGAUGCGGCCUAUGCUGAAAACACAUCACGUACUUUGUCUGUGUUAGUAAAGGGUUACCCUGAACCGGAAGUCCAGUGGUUGCACAACGGUAAACUGCUUUCUAAGAACAGGACAUUUGAUAUCGAAAAAGGGUUUAGAGGAGAUCAUAGGCUGAAAAUCAAAAACUUUAAUGCUUCAUUAGCUGGAACAUUCACUGCUGUAGCGGCAAACGAGGCUGGGAAAGUAGAAUGUGCCGCCAGGCUCGAUGUGAAGGGAAAAAGCGAGAGGCCUCGAUUUGAGAAGAGGCUUACUGAUCAAACUACAAAGGAAAACAGUUCUGUUACUUUCGAAACGAUUGUCAAAGGGAAACCAGAUGCCAAAGUUGAAUGGUUUAAAGACGACAAAUUGUUAACGAAGUCUGGAAAAGUUUCUUUGGAAAAGGAAGGUGCCAAGCAUAAAUUGGUUAUUGACUGCGUAGGAGCUAGUGAUGCUGGGCAGUACACGUGCAAAGCAAGUAAUUGUGUAGGGGAAGCGAGCCAGACUGUUCAGCUGAAGUUGAUAGAGAGUGGACAGAAGGAUGUAAAUGCAGUUUCUGGUUCUGGUAAGCUGAGUUUUGUCAAGUCUUUGGUUGAUAUGGAUAUUUACGAAGGAAAAGAAGCUUUGCUUGAAGUUAUUGUAGAUGGAGCAAUGCCAAUCAACUGUAAGUGGGAGAAAGAUGGAAGGCCGGUACGUAAUACUUUGUCGACGAGAUUCGAAAAGAAAGACAAUGUGUGUUCAUUGCGAAUUGGAAAGCCAGCCAAGUUUGAAGCUGGGAAAUAUUCAGCCCUUGUAUCAAACGAUGAAGGGACAAUAUCAUCUUCUUGUAGUAUCAAAGUAUUGCCAGCCCCUGUGAAGCCUUCCUUCCUCCUGAAGCUGCGCGAUGUUACUAUCUUUGAAGGAAAGGAUAUGGAAGUUUCCGCCAAGAUUAAUGGGAAACCAGAACCAGUGGUGAAAUGGUAUUUAAACAACGAGGAAGUAGAGGCUGGUGGGCGUCUUCAUAUUGUUAAGAGGCCAGAUGGACGACAGAUAUUCAAAAUGACUGGGCUUACGAGGGAGGACAACGGUGAAUUGAAAUGCGAGGCUACAAAUUCUGGUGGAACAGCAGUUUGCACUUGCAAGAUAUCAGUACGAGGCUCAUCUAGAUCAGCAGUAAGUGCAGUAGCAGAGCUGAAGUUUACAAAGCCUCUUGUGGAUGUUGCAAUCGCUGAUGGAGAAGUUUUAGAACUGAAGGCCGAAACAUCGGGAGCAGCAAGUGUUGUUUGGUAUAAAGACUCAAAGCAAGUGCUGAAAUCGUCAAAGGUACAAAUGACUUCGAUUGAAAAUAAGCAUAGUCUCAAAAUAAGCAAGGCACGUAGUGAGGAUUCUGGUGUUUAUAAGAUUCUAGCGACUAAUAAAUCUGGGGAGAAAUCUUGUUCUGCCACUGUUGCAGUGAAAAAGGGGGCUAAUCUGCCUGUCAUCAAGAAAGAGCUAGUUAAGAUAACGACAAACGAAGGUAAGAAUGCUGUUUUCAGAGUGACUGCUGAAGGAUCUGGACUGGAAGUUACUUGGCUGAAAGACAAUGUCGAGGUUAAGACAACGGAGAACAUUCACACAUCGCAAGUUAAAAACGAAUACGUGCUUGAAGUCAAAGAAGCAGCGGUUAGCGAUAGUGGAAAGUACGAAUUCAUUGCCAUGAACGAAACUGGACGCGCAGUUACGUCAGCAGAGCUGGUCGUGAACGAGGCAGAUUCGCCACCAAAGUUUAUAAAGAAACUCGUUGAUGCGGAAGUGAACGAAGGCGAGGAUGCUGAGUUUGUUGUUGAAGUUGCUGGCCAUCCAAAGCCGCGUGUCAAAUUUACAAAACACGGCGCAGAUAUUCAUUUAGGGACUUCAACUGAAGAAGAAAAUGGCGUUUGGAAGCUGAAAAUUGCCAAAGCGAGCGUUUCUGACAGUGGCGUGUACUGCUGCGAGGCACGCAAUAGGAUAUCGUCUGCAAGUUGCACGUCUAGCAUGAACGUCAAGCGAACGACAACGCCCCCGCGUUUCUCGACUUUUAUAGAUGAAACAAACGAAGUAGCCGAAGACGAGGAGUUGAGACUCGAGGUGCUUGCGAUUGGAGAUCCCCAACCAGAGGUGAAAUGGUCAAAGCGAAGCCGGGUUUUGAAAUCGACUGAUAACAUCAAAAUCACAACAGGAGAACUCAACUCAUUGGUGAUACAUCAUGCAAAGAUGGAAGAUGGCGGGGAAUACCAAUGUGUAGCCACGAAUAAAGCUGGCAGAUGCGAGAAGACUUUCUUUGUUGUCGUGAAAGAACAACCGAAAAAGGUCGUUGAAGGUAAUAAGCCAGAAAUUUCGAAAAGACUUGAGGACUCGAGCUUGAUUGAAGGAGAUAAUUUGCGCCUUGUCGCGAAAGUGCAAGGUACACCUCUGCCAGAAGUACAUUGGAUGAAAGAUGGCAAAGCCCUCGCUGAAGAUAGACGAACCAAAAUGGUACAUGUUGGAACUGACGAAUGGGUACUUUCUAUUAAAGAUGUCACCGAAAGAGAUAGUGGCAAGUUUAGUUUGGAAGCUACAAAUUCAUUCGGCAAAGACAAGAGCACGGCGCAAAUUGUUAUUGCACCCCCAACCCCGAAGAGGAAAGAAAAAGAAGAAUUGGUGAAAGAAAAGGAAGAACCGAUAAAGGAAAAAGACGCUAUGGAUAACAAAGCCAGCAGUCGAACGACCUCCAGGAGAUCCAGAGGGGCUGCACCGGAUUUCAUAAUUAAACCGCGUUCACGUUCGGUUCUCGAAGGAUCGAACGCCCGAUUCACGUGUACUGUGACUGGGGACCCUGAGCCAAUGAUGGAGUGGUAUUUCGACGGCGAAAAAUUCCAACCUGAUGAAAGACGCGAAUUGAAACUGCGAAACGGAAUAGCGACAAUCGCAAUUGUCAACGCCUGCGCAGAGGACAUAGGUGACUAUAAAGUGGUUGCGAAAAAUGAAUUGGGCGAAAUUGAACACACAGCCUCGCUUGCAAUUGAAGGAUUGACUAAACCGGACAAGAAGAAAAAAAAGGUCCCAGAGGAAUCAAGGCCUGUUGAGGAUGCUGGUGACGUCAUUACCAAUGAAAAAACUGAUGAAAAGGAAGUUGAAACUAAAGCAAAGCUUUCCAACUCUACGGAACCAACCAAAGAAAGGGAGGCAUCUAGAGAAAGGGAGGCAUCUAGAGAAAGCCCCGUUUCAAAGAGAACUGUCUCAAAAGUGCAAGAGGAAACAGUGUCAGUUAGUGAGGUUUCGGAGGCCUUAGCUGAACCACCUCAGGGUGAAUUGCCGUCUUCAAAGAAAGAUCUAGUUACAAAAGAUGCAAUCAAAGACUCUUAUACUGUACCAAAGAAGGAUUUGAUUAGCAAAGACGCAGCAAAAAGCCCCCCUGUAGUACCAAAGAAAAAUGUACCUGAGAAAAUCUCGCCAAGUUUCAUCGAAAAGAUCCAAGAUGCUCAGGUCGUAGAAGGUGAAAGUGUGAAAUUAGAAGGCAAAGUUACAGGACAUCCUAAACCUGAGAUUUCAUGGCUAAAGGACGGGAAAGUAGUAAAACCAGAUGAUCGAGUAAGCCUUUAUGAAAAAGAUGGAAGGACUGUGUUGGAGAUUAGCGAGACUGAACUUGAUGACGAGGCUGAGUAUACGUGUAUUGCGAAGAAUGAUCUGGGAACAGCUGAAACGUUGGCGGAACUUCUUGUUGAUGAACUUGAAGAACCCGAAGAAGAAGCUGAAGAAGUCAAGGAACAGACAAGUGUCUCUGAGAAAAAAGAAGUUGAGCUUGAUAUCGAAGUGCCCGAAUUCCGUACAAAACCAGAGGAUGCAGAAAUUUUCAUUGGCGAAUCGAUCAAUUUUGUCACUGAUGUGAAGACAAAUGGCCCAGUGAAGGUGGAUUGGUGGAGAGGUGAAGAGCUAUUGGAAUCGAAUGACAGGAUUUCUAUUUCUUCAUCUGAAAGUAAACACGAGCUAAAGAUUUCGAAUGCAAUUAUUGAUGAUGAAGGCUUUUAUAAAUGUAUUGCACAUAAUGAUGCUGGGAAGAUAGAAUGUGAAUUUGAGUUGCUUGUUGAAGAAGCAGAAGUAACUGAAACUGACAACAAAGAAGCCCCAGAAGGAUUUGCGCCACGAUUCAUCAAGGCCCUUGCUGACCAAGAAGCGCUCUGCGGUAGCCCAGCUGUGUUGUCUGUCGAAGUCGAGGGAGACCCUGAACCGACCGUCUACUGGAACGUAGAUGACGAAGAAGUAUUUGAAGACGAAGGGAUAGCGUUUACUCAAGAAGGGCAAAUGCACUCGUUAGUUUUCAAAGAGACUGUUGAGGAAGAUGAAGGUAUUUAUCAGUGCGUAGCCAAGAAUGCCCACGGCGAAGUGUCCUGUUCAGCGAAGUUUUUGAUCAAUGAGGAGGCUGUAGAGCCCGAGUUUGUGCACAAAAUGAAACACGUAGAAGUUGAGGAAGGCAGCGAGGCUCGUUUUGAAAUCGAGGUUAGUGGCAGUCCAUGUCCAGAGGUCACAUGGUUUAAGAAGAAGGAGAAGCUUGUCGAGUCUGAUAAAUACAAGAUUGUUUCUGAGGGACUGAUGUCAUCUUUGACUGUACUCGAAUGUGUGUCAUCAGAUGCAGGGGUUUUCCAGGCUGUUGCGGAAAAUUCUGCCGGCAAAGUAUCAAGUAACGCUCAGCUUACUGUUCUUGAGAAAGUCCAACCCCCGGCUAUUGAAAAGCCGAAAGAUUUUGAUUCAGAGAUUCAAGUCAAAACAGGGGAUCGAUUCGCUACAGAGUUCAAGAUUACGGGUGUGCACACGGAUACUGUGUUGUUGAGGAAUGGUAGCAAAGUUGUAUUUGAUGAUCGAGUCAAAAUUGCAGAAGAAGAGGAUAAAAUAAUUCUUAUUUUUGAAAAACUUGAAGAGGUUGACGGAGGUAGUUACCAACUGGUUGUUGAAAACAGUGGUGGAAAAACAGCAAUUGAUUUCAGUCUGGCAGUCGAAGAAAAACAAGAGAAACCUCAGCUUAAAGAUGAACUAUCCGAUAUGACGUUUUUGGAGAAACAAGAUCUCGAACUUCAAGUUAAAUAUUCCAGUAAAAUGGAUUGCCGUGUCAAGUGGUGUAAGGACGGAGCUGAAGUUGAAGAAGGUGAAAGAUUUAGUCUGAAACACAACGCAGGUCAUUGCAGCCUUUUUGUGAAAUGCGUAAGCCAAAAGGAUGCUGGACGAUAUAGCUGUGAAAUAGAAAAUGAUGUUGGCAAGGUUAUGUCUGAAUGCAUGGUGGAGGUUGAAGAGAUAAAAGAAAGUCCUGAGUUUGUAUCAAAGUUACAGGCCGUACACGUAGCAGAAGGGAAAUUGGCUGAAUUUGUCAUCAAAGUUAAAGGAGUACCACCUCCGACAGUAGAAUGGUUAAAGGAUGAGAAACCACUGAAAAAUUUACCAAGGUAUAAUGUAACUGAAGAGGGAGACAAUGUCCAUAAGUUAACAAUAGAGAAUUGUCGAGCUAGUGAUAAGGGGCGGAUAAAAUGCAUUGCGAAAAACAAAGCCGGGGAGAAGUCUUGCUGGGCUGAUUUGUUGAUCCAGCAAAAAAUAGGCCCACCAAGAAUCGAAGUCAUUGGGGGUUUGGUCAAGGAGCUGGAUGAGGGAAAUAGUGUUGUAUUUGAAGCUGAUGUCAGUGGGAAACCAAAGGCGAGAGUUGAAUGGACUAAGAAUGGAAAACCCGUUGCCUGGAGUGGAAGAAAGUGUGAAGUCAAGGCUAUAGGCGACAAGCAGACGUUGACAAUCGGCAAACCGACUGAAAAGGAUUGUGGAGAAUAUAAGUUGCUUGCGACAAGUUCGGCUGGAAAGGAGGCUGUCACGUUUGUGCUGAAAAAGAAAGGUCCCGCAGAAGAAGCACCGAAGCUUGAGAAAUCGUUGCCUGAGUCUCUUACACUGAAAGUGAAUGAAGAUCUGUCCUUCGAAGUGCAAGUAAAGGGCGAGCCUAAACCAGAUGUAGAAUGGUCCAAGGAUGGUGGUCUCAUUCAAAAGACCGAUCGAUUUGAAGUGAAAGCUAAAGGUAAUAUGCACCAGCUAAUAGUCAAGAAUGUCAACAUCGAGGAUGCCGGGGGUUACAGCAUAAAAGCCGUGAAUAAGGUCGGAACAGUUAAUGCAGAAUGUCGAGUAGUUGUACAUGAAGAGCCAAAGAUAGUAAGACAACUUGAAAAGACGGAGGUUAAUCUUGGUGAAGAUGCAGAGUUUAUUGUCAGUGUCGUGGGAGAGCCCAAACCUGAUGUGAAAUGGUUUAUCAACGAUGAAUUAGUUUCAGAGAACUCAAGGUUCAGUUGCAAGGAAGAAAAAGACGCGAUUUCUCUUGUCAUCAAGAACUGUACUGUAGAAGAUUCCGGAAAUGUCAAAUGUGUUGCAGUAAAUAGUGCAGGCGAGGCUUUAUCGGAAGCUGCUCUCAAUGUAAUCGAGCCUCUGGUGGCUCCUGUAUUGAAGGGAGAUGUUGAUCUUGAACACAAGAAUAAGGAGGGAGAAGAUGUAGCUUUGAGCAUUGAGUACACAGGAGAAGCGACUGACAUUAAAUGGUUGAAAGAUGACGAAGAAAUUUUUGAGGAAGAUGGCUUUGAUAUUGAAGAGAAAAAUCAAAUUGCAACAUUGAAGAUCACCGGCGCGGAAGUAGAAGAUUCCGGAAAAUAUUCAGUGGAAAUUUCAAAUGCAGCUGGAUGCCUGAGGAAGGACUUUACGUUGAUGAUCGAAGGCCAUCAGCCAGUAGUUUCUGCUCCAGAAUUCACAACGUUGCUACCGGAGGAGCUCAACGUAGAGAUCGGUGAAAGAGUAGAGUUGAAGACUGUUGUGACGGGACAACCUGAGCCGAAGGUUUGUUGGCUUUACGAUGAGGAUCUGCUCAAAACCUCAGACAGACAUAAGUUUACCUAUGACGGCAGUGUUGCUACACUUGUCAUUGAAAGCGUUGCAGAGGUAGACGAUGCCCUUGUAACUUGUGUUGCCAAAAAUGAAGCUGGGUCAGUGGAAUGCAGUUGUGAUUUGUUUGUAACCUUGAAAGCAGAAGCACCAAAGUUUGCUGAGACAGUUAAACCCGUAAGCGCGCUCCUUGAGUCGGAGGCUGUAUUUAGUGUUGGUCUUGGAGAUAGCACAGAGACUGAUGUGAAAUGGUAUUUGAACGAUAAGUUGAUCAGAGAUAGAGGACGAUAUCGUCUGGCUCAGGAAGGCGAUGGUCGGUUUUUAUUUACUAUUGAGAAAUGUAAAUUAACUGAUCGCGGAUUGGUGAAAUGCGUUGCUUCCAAUGAGGGUGGUGAGACAACCUGUACUGCCGAGUUGAUGGUGUCAGAGGAAAAUUCCGCACCAGGACUGAAGCAGGUGACAAGUGAUGUGUGCGAGUUUAUGUCCGGUGAAGAUGGCAGGCUAGAACUGUUGAUCUCUGGGUCGCCUGUACCGGCAGUGGAAUGGCUUAAAGGGUUCAGAAAGAUCCAAGAAAAUAAGGAAAAGUACCAGAUUGAAUCUUCUGACACCAAGAAUACGCUGAUAAUCAGAGAUUUGAAAUUAGAGGACUCAGGGACUUACAAGUGUAUUGCGUCGAAUCCAGGUGGAGAAAAUUCGCUGACUUUUACUCUCAAGGUGAAAGCUAAAAAGCCUGGAGGCAAGGUGCCAUCCAUCAAAUCAGAGUUUGCCGAUAUGACAGUUACAGAGGGCCAAGAACUCAUCCUUGCGGCAACGGUCGAUGGUGUACCACCGCCAAAGGUUGAAUGGUUACUUGACGACCAACCUGUUACUGAAUCAGAAAAGUACAGCAUUACAAAAGAGGGUAAGAUUCACAGAUUGAGUAUAAAGGCUGUCGACACCGCUGAUGAAGGGGAAUACAAGUUAGUUGCUUCGAACAAGCAAGCUUCGACGUCGUUUGCAGCAGAGGUUUUAGUGAGUGAAGUGAAGACUCCGAAGGGCUCGAUGAAAGUGGAAAAGAUAAACGCAGUUGAGGGUGAAGAAAUAUGCUUUGAAGUAGUUGCAGAGGGAGCCGAAGGUAUUUUCUGGUUGCAGGAGGGAAAAGAAUUGAGAAAUAGCAAGAAGUAUGAAAUAUCAAGGAUUGAUGACAACAACAGCACGUUGGUCGUGAAAAAUUGCGAAAAUGGAGACAGUGGUACAUACACGUGUGAGCUAGUUAAAGGGCCUAAGAAAACAAGCGUUGAAUGUGUAUUAAUAGUUAGUGAAAAGGUGAAAGAGAAAAAAGAAGAUGAAAAGGUUGAUAUCGAUACUGAGGAUGGAAAGCGGAAGACAGUCAAAAGAUCGCCGUUAGAAAGAAGAGCACAAGUCUUCGAAUCGGAAGAAAGUGAGAUAGUACCAGAAGAACAAGCCUUGGAAGAAUGUCGUCCUCAGGAGGUAGAAGAAGAGGACGAAGAGGAAGAAUUUGAUGAUGAUGAAGAUGAAGAUGACGAAGAAGAAGAGACUGAAGAUGAAGAUGCCAUACUGAAACCGAAAUUCAUGAAGAAACUUGCUGAUGUUGAAGUUAUUGAAGGAAGUGCAGCCAAAAUGGAUGUUGUCGUUGAUGGGAACCCUCCUCCAGAAAUCGAAUGGUACUUGAAUGGAAAUAUCAUUUUUGAAGACAGUAAGUGGAAGAUGAAAUUCCGUGAUGACGGCACAUGCAGUUUGAUUCUUCAAGAUGCUAACCCGGACGACCAAGGAAAGAUAAAAUGCGUUGCUUUUAAUGAGGCUGGCAAAACUUCGUGCUCUGCAUCAUUGUACAUAGAAGGCCAUGGAUUUGAAACUGAGACCAGCGAAUCCGAUAUCGAGGCUACCCAGUCCCUUCCAAGAACAUCUGACGGGGAAGACGACGAUGGGUCCGAAAGUCCACUCGAAGAAGCAAGCAAGGAGCCAGAAAUAAUUAUGCCUCUAAGAAACAAGAUAGUCUUGGUCGGCGGCGAGCUUAAGCUGGCAUGCAGAAUUUAUUGCCCUGGCAAGAUGGACGUAGAAUGGAUGAAAGACGGUAAACCAAUCCAGGAAUCAGAAAGAAUUUCUUACGCUGUUGAAGAUGAACUGCAUAUGUUAUGCGUUUCAGAAUUACAGCUAGCGGAUUCAGGACUUUACAAAGCUGUUUUUAAAAACAAAUAUGGCACCGUACAGACUAAAUCGGAUCUAACAGUCGAAGAGCCAGGAUCUGAAGAUGAAGAAAAGCUUCUUCCAGCUCGUAUCGCUCAACCACUCAUGGACAAGGUAGCCACAGCUGGUGACAAUGUGGAGCUUAAAGUUGGGGUACAUGGUACACCCCGUCCAAAAGUUGAAUGGUACUUCAACGGCAACGAGUUGCAGCCUGACGAAAGACACAAGUUUGAAGUUAAAGACAAUGUCCACAAGCUGAAAAUUUUGAAUGUAAGCAGCUCUGAUGGUGGAAAGUACACGGUUGAAGUUCAUAACAGAGUCGGGAGGGAUCUUGUCAAGGCGACACUGACGGUCAGAGAUACCCCCAAAGACGGAAAAGCUCCACCAAAGACUUCACCAAAACCUGCGCCAAAAGUUGCACCAAAACCAUCAAAGCCUGCUCCUUCUGAACCCUCGGAGAACGGUAUCCCACCCGCCUUCACCAUAAGACCAAGAAACAGAGAUAUUCUAGAAGGAAUGCAGAUCCGCUUAUCCUGUGGAGCAAAUGGCUCUCCGGACCCUGUAUUUGAGUGGUACAAAGACGAUGCUCCACUUGAGCCAACUGAAAGGAUCAAAAUCAAAAGUACAGUUGGGAUGUCAAGUGUGAUCAUUGAAGAAGCUGAAACCUCAGAUGCCGGGAUGUACAAAGUUAUCGCGAAAAAUCGCGUUGCUGAGAUUACUACUGAAGCAGAGGUUUUGAUUGAAGGUGCAAGGAAAAUUAGGCCCCUUGGACAGAAAGUCGAGGAAAAAGCUCCUGUUGUUGAAAGUAGCCUCAAAGAUCAGUCAGUUGAAGAAGGAAGUGACUGUACGCUAGAGGUGAAGUACAGCGGCGAACCAAGCCCGACUAUCGAGUGGAAGAAAAACGGAAAGGAAUUGAACAUUGGAAGACGAAUUGAAGUGACAAGCAAAGAAGGUUUAAUUAUGCUAAGGAUACUGAGCAUUCGUAAAAGCGACAGUGGCGAGUACACAGUUAUUUUAACAAAUAAACAUGGAUCUGAGAGUUCAAAGGCAAACAUAAGCAUAAAAUCUGACGAAGACUCGGAUUCAGGUGACGAUUUGCCACCAGCUCCUGCAAAGCCACGGACAGAUGUCUCUGAAGAGGUUAUCCGAGCCGUUGCGGAGGAUCUAGCAAACAGUGUUCCAGAUAUACCAUCCAUUCGGGAAGAAAAAGGAUCAGUGAGUUCCCUCAGUUCAAGGGAAGAAAUCUAUUCUGCCGCAUCGAAGGAGGAUAUUGAAUCAGAUGCAGAAGUCAGAGAAAUCAACAAACGCGAAAGGCAGAAGAAAAACUCUGUUGUUCACCAGUUUCCCCGCCUUGGCAUAGACAUUGUUGUCAUACCAGAAACCCCACGAGAUUCUCCAGUCGGACCACUCGAAUCCCCGGAGAUCAUUGGAAAGCCGAAAGACUUGCAGAUUACUGAAGGCGAAAAGGCAAGGUUUGAAGUCAAGGUGAAAAAUGCGGAUGGCCUGACUGUGCGGUGGUCAAAGGAAGGCAAGCCUCUCAUUCAGAGUGGGCAUGUAAAAACAGAGCAAGAUGGCAACACCCUUAUACUUGAAAUCCAGAAUGCGAGCAUCAAUGACGAGGCCUUAUAUGAAUGUUUUAUUAGCAACGAUGCAGGGGAACUUAGAUGCGAAAUGGAGCUUCUUGUCGAUGAUUUAGAGCCAGAAGAGCCGCCACGAUUCGGGAAAAAGUUGAAACCAGAAACAGUGGUAUUGGAGGGCGAUCCAUUCUCUUUACAGCUUCAAGUACUUGGAAAUCCACAACCAACGGUAUCAUGGUAUUUUGAAGGAGAACCUGUAAAGCAAACGGACUUCUUGAAGGUUUCUACGAAAGGGGACUGGCAUAAACUUGAAAUUGAUGAGAUACUCAUUGAUGAUGAAGGCGUUUACAAAUGCGUCGCAGAAAAUGAUCUUGGAACUGCCGAGACACAGACAGAAGUCCUUGUUGAUGAUGCUGAAGAUGCAGAAGAACAAAGCCCGAAACACGUUCCAGAGUCAGAGGAAACUGAGUCGCCAUUGCCAGACGAUAUCGAGCCAAUCAGUGUUCUUAAAGAAAUGAAGGAUAAAGAGGUAAUAGAAGGUGAUGCUAUUCGCUUUGAGUUGAAAGCAACGGGCAACCCAAUGCCCACUGCCCUUUGGUACAUCAACGAUAAACUGGUCGUUGCAAGCCCGAGGAUAAAGAUUGAAAGUGAGGAGUCAGGAAUUUAUUCAUUGAUCAUCGAUCCAGUUGAGAUCAAAGAUGAAGGCGAAAUCAAAUGCAUGUUACGAAACAAAGCUGGCCGCGUUGCAGUCAUUGCAGAACUGCUUGUUGAUGACAAAGAGGAGCUUACUGAUACAGAAGAUGAAAAGUCAGAUCGAGAUGAUAAAGACAAAGACGAAGAACCGGAGGAAGAAGAAGACGACUUGGAGCCUGAUGAACAAGGACCAGAUUCAGAAAAAGAACCAGAAAGAGAGCCAGAAAAAGGGACAAAGAAAAAACCUCCUCCAGCCAUUCUCCCAAAGCCAAAGCCAAAAAUGAAAGCUGAGGGUGAUGAACCUGUUAUUAUUUCUUCAUUUAAAGACAAAACGGUGAAUGAAGGGAGCCUCGUGCGGCUGGAUGUUGUCGUUGAAAAUGCUUCAGAUGUUACUGUUGAAUGGAGGUUAAAUGAUGACGUCAUUAGUUCUCAGGAUUUUUCUCAUUUCACGGUCCUGUCGGAAGGCAAUACUCAGUCGUUGUUAAUCACAGAAACGAGAGAAAGUGAUUCAGGAGCCUAUAGUUGUUUGGUUAGGAAUGAUUUUGGAACGGCAGAAUGUUCGGCGAUUUUGCGGGUUACAGGUAAAAAACUCCACGAUGAGGAAUCUCAGAAAACUGGAAAAUCAGAAGCAAAAAAGACUCCAACGAUAUCAAAGCUUGAAGAAUUCUUGCCUCUUGUCGCGUACGUGGCAUUUGAAGACUAUGAACCAGAUGAGGGUAACAAGAUGCAGUUGAAGCGUGGGGAUGUUGUUGAAGUAUUGGACACUACGCAGGAGGAUAACUGGCUAGUUCGCAAGGCAACGCGCCAAAGUGACAUUGGAUUCGUCUCGCCAACUUGCUUGAGAAAAAAGUCUGAAACAGAAUUCGCUAAUACACCGACCACCCCUCGAGAUGAUCUUGAUUCUCCUCUCUCAUCACCUGGCAGACCAUUUGAUCUUGAAUCAGUCAAGAGCAAUACAUAUGUUGCAAUCGCGAAUUACGAUCCUAAAGAUGACGACCAGCUGGCGAUAUCCGAAGGGACAGUUGUGGAUGUUAUGGAGGGAAAUCAAGAAGGGGAUCUCUGGGUGGUGAGAACAAUCAACGAAGAUGGUUCAUACGGUGAAGAAGGGUUAGUUCCUAGUGCAUACCUCGAAAAAGAUGCCGAAGAAGAAGUGGAUGCCAGGCGACGAAGUAUUGGCAUUCAGCUGCCAAAAGACAGUAAAGAGAUCGAGGCAUUGAAGCUAAGAGACAACGUCUUGAAAGAAAUUUUGGAUACGGAAAGGAAAUAUGUAGAUGACUUGAAGUAUCUUUGUGAGCAUCAUUUGGUGCAAGUUGAAAAGGGAAAGCAUUUGCCUUCUUGCCUGGUUGGUAAAAGGGAUGUUCUUUUUGCAAACAUCAGAGACAUUUACCAGUUUCAUAGCAGCAUAUUUCUACCGGAAUUGGAGCAAUCUGCUCAUGUGAGCGAGGAUAUGGCCAAUUGUUUUGUGAAAAGAGCUAAUGAAUUAGAAACACUUUACGUCGAGUACUGUAGAACAAGACCAACAGCGGAUGAAGUUUUAAAUCGACCAGAAUCAAUUGAAUACUGGGAGAAUUAUCAACACGACUCUGAAGACCCACACUUCAUCCAGGGCUAUUUGAUCACUCCAGUACAAAGAAUCACCAGAUACCAGCUUCUGCUCAAGGUUCUUCUAAAAUAUUCGACAAGGGCAAACCAGGAAGCUUCAACAGUUGAGCAAGCUUUAACGAGAACUGGAAACAUCAUACGUUUAUCAAAUGACAUGCUUCAUGUUGCUAAAAUCUCCGGUUAUAAGGGAGAAAUAUCAUUAGAAGAUGGGGGAAGUUUGCUUCGACAUGAAGAUGUCAUUUGCUGGGAAGGCAAGGUAAAAGGUCGUGGAAAAGAAAGACAUUUGUUUUUAUUUGAGCGAUUGCUGAUCGGAACAAAGACUAAAGAAACAAGGAAGGAUGAAUUCACGUACUGUUUUAAAUUUCUCGUCAAGAUGUCUGAUGCCGGCCUAACGGAAUCAGUAGAUAGUGACGCAAAGCGAUGGCGGAUUUGGGUUGGAAAAUCGGCUUCGUCGGCAAGCUUACAAUGGACAUUUGAGGCGAAAACCUUGUGGAUAAAACAGUCUUGGGUUAAAGAGAUUCGAGAUAUUCUUGGACGACAGUUGAGCGCGCUCAAAGAAUCCUCAAAGCGAAAGUCAGCUCCAGCGCAGAUGAUUGAUUACGAUGACAUGAAGAAUAGAGUGACCUUGGUUCGUUCAAAGUCAGAUGCUCCGCUUACAGAAAUAGUCGAGGCUAGCACUGAUACGUCGCGGCUAUUCAAGCCUCUUCAAACCGCUGCAGGAGAACAGUCAGUAGCUCCCGCAUUGAAGGAGCCCUGUUCGCACGUGACGGAAGAAUCUCACAUAGAUGAAAUGAUGGAUGUGGAGGAGGCUUACAUCGCCAACGAUCUCGGUGUAUUAUCUAAAGAGGCUGAGCCAGUCGACAUCGGUACUUCAUAUGAGAUCAUAACAGACGUAAAAUCCCGUUCAUCGGAGACGGUAAUCAUCAAGAAGGGAGAGCACGUGACCGCAUUAAAGGCUGGUACCCAGCUGUAUCUUGUUGAAGCAAAACCUGCUGAAGAUGGGCCUAGGCGUUGUUGGGUUCCUGCACAGUGGCUGAAGAAAAUAACCUUAACGAGAUCUGCGGAUUCAGAACCUGACGUAGCUUCUUUAGGUGAGAAGACGUUAUCUGAAUAUUCCAGUUCCAAAUCGUUCCCCGAGUCCGAUUUUUCUACUGAUCGAUCCAGAACCAGUUCCGAAUUGUCAACCGAAGGUUCGGUUCUGUCUUCGCUGCCGAAUUUCAUCAGAGCUCUUGAACCACAAAAGGCAAUUGAAGGCGAAACCGUAAUAUUUGAUUGUCUGAUUGACUGUGAUGCAGAUGUAGAAUGGACUUUGGAUGACGAAAAGUUGGAAGAAAAUGAAUAUAUCAAAUUUCAAACAAAGAAAGACGGCACAGAACUGCUAGUAUUAGAUGACGUUACAAUUGACUAUGCAGGAUUGUAUGGUGUCACUGCUUCGAAUGCCUCUGGAAGCAUCAGUUGCAUGGCAGAGCUGAUUGUUAAUGCUCCACCAAGGUUUAUAGAGAAAUUCAAAGAUGGACAGGCCGAACUGGGAAACUCAUUCUCGUUUAAAUGUGGCAUUGAUGGCUUUCCAACCCCAAAAGUGACUUGGUUCUUCGGUACAGAGGAAAUUCACGAUGCAGGAAGAUACCUCAUAGAAACGACAGAAAAAUUUGCAGUACUUGAUAUCGCUGAUAUUGACAUAUCGGACAGUGGUGAAUACACGUGUAAAAUAGCUAAUGUUGAAGGCGAAGAAAGUUGCCGAGCGAUUCUUUCCGUACUCUGUGUUCCGUCCGAACCUGACAGUCCAACAGUUAAUAACAUCACAGAUGAUUCUGUUACUUUGUCAUGGACCGCGCCGAAAGAAGAUGGUGGCAGCGAAGUGACUCAUUACAUGCUGGAGCAGAGAAAUGAAGAUGAUCGUCCGGAAGACUGGGAUCUAAUUGAUGACCAGCUAACAGCAACAACAGCAACUGUGGAUGGCCUUGUGAAGGGCGAUGAAUAUAACUUUCGUGUUUCUGCCUGCAAUGUUAUUGGCUGGAGUAAGCCAGGCAAAUCUAGUGCAUCAGUGCUUGUGAAAGCACCAGUUGUGAAAUCUCCUGUUAUUCUAAAGGAAAACGGAAACUCGGAUCGUGAACGAGAGAUGAGUGAUGGAUACGACACGGAAAGCAACGCAUCGCAUACUGACGAAGAGGUCGCUGCGCUGUCAAAUCAAAGUCAUAAUGAUCACAAAUCGCUGCUGAUGCCUGUGGAGGCGGAUAUCGCACCGAGGCUUUCGCCAUUCAGUAACCUGAAAGAGCGACGUAAUGUUGCUGCGCAAGGGGAAUACUCAAGCAGUGAUGAAAGUGGUCCGUCGCGGCGAACUAGGCCACCAAGAUCGAAGAGCCCUUUGAUUUUCAGCGGGAACAGAGUGCACGAGUCUUUGAAAAACCCAAGCUUAGCUAACGAAGGAGAUGAAGGAGGAAUACCAUUCGGACCUCCAAUUUUCACUAAGGAACUUGAAGACUGCUUCAUUUUCGAGGGAAACGCUGCCAAGUUUAAAUGCCGAGUGAUUGGCAACCCAGAUCCAGAUGUCGAAUGGUUUAAAGAUGGGGAAAAGCUUGUUGAAAGCAAGCAGUUUACGAUGCUGUUUGAUGCAGAUGAUAAUUGUGUAUUGAUUAUAACUCAUGGAAGCUCGGAUACUGCGGGGAAAAUCACUUGUGUUGCGAAGAACAGCGAGGGAACUGUCACAAGCAGCUCCAUGCUAUAUGUUGAAGGCCUUGUCACUGAGUACGAAUCCGAAUCUGAGGACGAAGUUUCAGAUCCAGAGCCAAUGCCGGACAGACCCCCGGUGGAAAUAACACGGGAAGAUGCAGAAAAUUAUUAUACCAUGAAGGACGAACUUGGAAGGGGUAAAUUUGGAAUUGUUAGCAAAUGUAUACACAAAGACAACUCAAGGGAAUAUGCUGCUAAAUUUGUUAAGUGUAGGCCACGUGAAAAGCAAGCUGUAUAUGACGAAAUCAAAAUAAUGAAUCAACUGAACCAUAAAAGACUGGUACAACUUUAUGAUGCAUAUGAAACAUCGAAAAAUAUAGUGCUUAUUUUGGAAUUGGUGACUGGCGGAGAACUGUUUGAGAAAUUGACUGCUCUUGAGUACAUUUCGGAGCAUGUUGUAGUGUAUUAUAUGAAACAAGUUUUGCAGGGUCUAAGUUAUAUGCACGAAAGACAAAUACUUCAUCUUGAUUUGAAGCCUGAAAACAUCAUGCUAGUAAACCCGAACAGCAAUCAGGUCAAGUUGAUUGACUUUGGUCUCGCAAGAAAAUAUAAUCCAAAUGAAACGAUGCAAGUUUUAUGUGGAACCCCUGAAUUCAUUGCCCCAGAAGUAAUCAGCUAUGAUACAGUAAGCACAGCUACGGAUAUGUGGUCUAUUGGAGUUAUUACCUAUGUCUUGCUAAGUGGAUUGUCACCUUUCAUGGGAGACAAUGAUGCUGAGACACUGGCCAAUGUUACCACAGCAGAAUGGGAUUUCGAUGACCCUGUCUUUGAAGAAAUCAGUCAAGAAGCAAGGGAGUUUAUUCAAGAUUUGCUCAUCAAGGCCCAAAACAAACGCAGCACAGUAAAGGAGUGUUUUGAGCAUCCAUGGUUGAUGUUUAAAAGAUCGAAAAAGAAGCUGAAAACAGACAGAUUAAAAGCAUUUACUGCGAGGAGAAAAUGGAAGAAAACGAUCACAGCAGUGCGCAGCACUAACUUCUUGAGCCGGCUGCUCAGCGGCGUGAAAUCGGCCUCUAAUGACGUUAAGCAGGACAAGCUAACAACGAAGGUUACCCCUGGCUUGAGUCCCUCUACUGAAACUGUCGAAGAAACGAACGCUGGAAAGAAGCCAGGUUGGAAAAGGGUUGCGAUAGCCGAAGAAGAGGAAUCUCAAGCACCGACUUUGUUAAACAAACUCCAGGAUACAAAAUGCUCCCGAGGCGACACAAUUUCUCUCUCCGUUCAAUAUAUAUCGGACUCCCCACCAUCGAUUUCUUGGAAGUAUGAAGGAAAGGAGGUAGUUGAAAAUGAAACUAUGUGUAUUACAAAUGGCAAAGGUGUCACGACUCUCAAGCUGUUUAAAGUUAUUUGUUCCGUUAGUGGAAGAUAUUCUGUCCGACUUGAAAAUAAACAUGGAUCGGUUGAAUCGAAAUGCCAACUGAUUGUGACAGAUGUUCCAGACGAGCCUUCACCUCCAGGAGUUCCUAAAGUUUGUGGAAACAGCGCCCUCGUUCAGUGGCAGCCUCCGUUCGAUGGUAACAGCCCAAUUACUGGGUAUUGUCUAGAGUGCAAAAAAGUUGGAGAAAAAAGCUGGACUAUUGUUUGUAGUAACAUAAAAGAGUGUAUCACUGUUGUUGAUGAUUUGGAGCCGGAAAGUUCAUAUCGCUUCAGAGUUAAUGCAAUGAAUAUUGUUGGCCAGAGCAGCUUCAGCAAGCCUACUGGCUUUGUAGAAACAAAAGUAGUAGAUCACGUUUCUUCUGUUAUGAAUGUCCCUGGUGCAAGAAGAGUAUCCAAGAGCCGUUCCUCGAUAUUGGAAGCUUCGAAAGCCGUGAAAAUUGACUUGCAGCUCAGGCAAAACAAUCCUGUAGAUAAGUACUCAUUCGGUGAAGAAAUUGCGAGGGGCCGGUUUGCCGUAAUUAAGAAAUGCACUGAUAAAAAGACUGGGGAUAUUUUCGCAGCAAAGCUUGUAAAAUACGAUGAAGACACGCUAGAAAUUGCAAAGAAGGAAUUCAACACAUGGAAUGGAUUGUCACAUCCGAAUUUGUUGGUCCUGCACGAUGCUUAUUUGGUGCGAAAGUACCUUGUACUUAUUAGUGAAAUUAUCAAUGGAGUACCAAUACUGGACCAUCUGGGAAGAAUGGGACAACCAACAGAAGACGAUGUUGCUGGGUUUAUCACACAGUUACUUGAAGCCCUUGAAUAUCUGCAUGCGCUAAACAUCGUGCAUCUGGAUAUAAAGCCAGGCAACCUUAUGAUCAAAGGCAACAUCAUGAAGCUCAUUGAUUAUGGGUCAUCACGGAAUAUUACAACUCCGCAAGGGGAAGUCGGAGAGAUGGUUGGCACUGCUGAAUUUAUGUCUCCAGAAAUGAUCAAUUUUGAGCCUGUCAAUUUUUUCACCGACAUAUGGGGAGUUGGUGUCGUCACAUAUGCUCUGUUAAGCGGCUUCUCUCCCUUCGCUUGUGAAGAUGAAGACGAGACAAUGGCCAGUGUUACCGCGCUGGAUUACAGAUUUGAACCAAAGGCUUUUGCAUCGAUAACUGAAGAAGCAAAAUCGUUUAUCAAAAGUAUCAUCAUCAGAAUUCCGGAGAAACGACCAACUGCAAGCAGUCUUCUUGAAGAUCCAUGGCUAGAUGAGGCGUUUGCUGAGUCGAGAGAGGCGUCCCUGGUUGAUAAAAUCUCAUUAGUUGAACUUUCAGAAACUUUAAAAGAUCAGGACAAGUUGGAGGAAGUACGAGCUUCAACAGUGCUGAAGACCUUCAUCCAGUCACCUCAUGAAUCUCCAGAAACAACUGAAAACGAGGAUGAAGGUGCGGAUGAUGAUGUUGAAUAAAGAUUACUAUCACAUAACUCGAAAUCGAGGUUUUACACAUCAAAACCAUCCACACGGUGGUUAACAUACGAAAAAACAGCAGUAUUUGUUGUGGCACAGUUAUUCAAGAAGACAGCAAAAGCAAGCCAAGUAUUUAUGUCGGCAUGGAACACUGAGUUAGAGCCCUAAUACAAAAAAUCAUGUUUAAUAAUGUAAAUAAUAAUAGUGCUGAUUUUAGGGAAACUAGAAUUAAUUCUGUUUUAAUUCUAGAAUUUUUGUUCAGUGGAUACAGCGGUUUUUUUAUGAAAUAUUUCCAGAUUUUGAUACAGAUUGUUGAAAAUAUCUUUCUUUAAUUUUGAAGAAAAGUUUAAUGCGAAAAAUUCAAAUGUUUUGUCAACUGGAAACCGCCCGAUGCCAUUGAACACGGUGUAUUCGUGUAAUGUGUAAUGUAACGUGUAUUUUUACGAUCCUUGACGUGUAAAUGCCUUUUGUAGUUUUUAAUAGAUUGAAUUAUGCAUUUUUAGUUUUUAGAAUAAAACUUGUUUUACUAGUUGCUUUUGUUGACAAAUCCAGAACUAUUGUUUACAUCAAUGUGGAUCUUCAUCAUAGGAUCCUGAGAUUCAUGAUUGUCAACUUCUUAAUUCAAUUCUUAAAACUUUAUCAUAUGAUAAAAAUAACAAUUUUAGUAUUAAACUUGUAAUUAAUUACCGCCGUUUUGUACAUCGAUUUAUCGGCUUCACUUAUGCCUGACGCGUAUCAUGUAUUUCUAAUUUUCAUACACUGACUGUAAUUGUAAUUCAAUGAAGCAUUAGACGAAAUUA